AAAACGCGCUUCCCAACAUCGCAGUGAGCGGCUCCGGGCUCACAUCUCGUCGAUGAAUCACAAAACUACAGCGACAAGAACAGACUUGUGUGAUCUGUCCACGGACGUCUUCAUACAAGUUCGUCAUGUAUCUGUGCACAGACUUACAAAUGAUAGAAGUCCGUGCGUCGGUACCGAAAACAGCGAGAACAACAAACUUCUUUCAUCUGCCGGAAACAGGAUGGAAGACGCUGUGUUGGCGCAUGCGCAGAGCGAGAAUGAUGGGAGUAGUCUGUGGUUUACAAUGUCACUUAUGUAAUAUAACUCCCUCGUAGCACACACUGCCAUGAUCUGUGGUGUCUGUCUAGCCUGUGUCUGUCAGAGCGAGAAUGAUGGGAGUAGGGAUGCGGUCUGUGGUUUAUACAAUGUCACUUAUGUAAUAUAACUCCCUCGUAGCACACACUGCUAUUAUCUGUGGUGUCUGUCUAGUCUGCAUCUGUAUGAGAUAACAUGUGAAUGCUGACCAUAUACCAUGGCAACAGUACAUCAGAAAGAUGGGACUGCAGCAAUGCAAGCAUGGAUGACUAAUCUGGCGCCGCAGCUACAUCAGGUGCCACUCUGCUGCCUUGCCAUACCUGGUAAGGAAAGGUACUCAUAAUGCUGGGAUGUACCAUCUUGAAAAAUCCUUGGGCCUCAGUCCAGAUGCUGAUGAUGCCUUGAAGAGUUUCACAUCCCUUCCACUGUUUGGUCCAAUGGCUAUGGAAAUCAUCGGCAAAUGGAGCAAGACUCAGAACUUGUCUAUUGCCCAACAGCUGGAAGCUGGUGUGCGAUAUUUUGACCUGCGUGUUGGAUGUGGUGGCCCUGAUGGUGACCUUUACAUUGUUCAUUCAUUGUUUGGACCAAAGGUUUGGGACUGCAUAGAGGAUAUUUGCGUGUUUCUACAGAACCAUCCACGUGAAGUGGUUCUGCUAGAUUUUAAUCACUUCUACAAUAUGGAGACUGAGCACCAUUUACAGUUGAUUACAUUCAUCAUCUCAAAACUACAGUCAAACCUUUGUCCUGUGUCCCUGCUAGAGCAGACCACUCUUGUCAACUUAUGGGGGAAACAGCAGCAGACAAUUGUUUUCUACCAGCAUGAGCUAGUACAAGAGUUCAGAGAUUUGUGGCCAGCAACAAGCAUUGCCUCCCCGUGGGCCAGUACAACAAAUGUUGAUGACUGUCUUGUUUUCCAGGAGAAGUUUGCCAAGCAAAGACAUACUGAAGGCAAGUUCCAUGUGUGUCAGUUAGUUCUGACACCUAACACCCCCUUCAUCCUGCAGAAUAUAGGCAACGAUUUACUCCAUGCUUGUGCCUGCAAAAUCAAUCCAAGAAUCUCCUCCUGGAUCCAGUCAUGUUCUAUGAAGGGUCACACUGGCUGCAUCUAUGCAGUGGACUUUGUGGAAAUGGAUCAUAUUAUAGAGAGCAUAAUCCAGUUAAAUGUAUGAUGUCAGUAGUUUGAGAAGUAUACGUUACAAAGUAAAAAGCUGUUUUUAUUCUUGCUACUGGUUACGAUGAAAUGGGGGUGUAGUGAACAAAGUGACAAUAACUUUGUAAAGCUUGUUUGUUUUAUAUAUCAGCCAUCUGAAGAAGGAACCACAGUAUCAAAUGUGUGCACUGUUGUCAGUUGAUGAAAGCUUGUCUGAAUUCUUUUGGAAAAACAAAAUAUAAACAAAUUCUCAAAAUCAAAGAA